GAGUUGGCGAUCCAAAGAGGCUGGCGUCGACCUGAAUACACAAUUUUAGCAGAGUCCGGUCCGCCACACCAGAGGGAGUUCACUGUAGCGUGUAGAUUUGAGUCCCUGACAGAAAAAGGUGUCGGAAGCUCCAAAAAAACAGCGAAACGAGUGGCUGCGGAGAAAAUUGUGGCGAAGCUUCAGAGUUUGUCAGGCGGUUCAGAAAUCACGUGGUCUCCUAAAUCAGGAGUUCCGUUUGAGAACAUCAGGAACUCGACAGCGGAGAAGAUCUCCUUACUGAGGAGAAACCCGCUGAGCAUUCCCAACACAGAUUACAUUCAGAUGGUGUUGGAGCUUUCCAAAGAGCAAGGCUUUGAGGUCACGUACUUCGAUAUCGACGAGCUGACGGUGAACGGUCAGUACCAGUGCCUGGCAGAACUGUCCACCGACCCAGUGACCGUGUGCCACGGCACCGGCAUCUCCUGCAGCAACGCUCACAAYGACGCAGCUCACAGCGCGCUGCAGUACAUCAAAAUCAUGGCGUCCGGCAAAUGAACACACGGCACGGGCCGUCACGUCCGAAACAAUCAGCUGUCACACCGGCUCCAGGAUUUAGGUUUUAGUUUUGAUUUUACCACACAGUUUAUCCAUUAACUUCCUCAAACAGAAAGUAUAUUCAGAAAAGAUGGAAAUAGUCUUAAAAAUAUCCAUAUUUGCUUCAUUUAUCUCAUCAUACCUUUUAUUUGUUUGUAUCUUUAUAACUGAGGUCACCACCCAGAUUACAUAAACAGUAAAAAAGGCUUUUUUCUAUUUUACCAAAACUGGAAUUAAUUUUACCAAAUAAACUCCAAUCAUUGCACAAACAUUUACUAUGAAUUUGCAGAUGUUUUUAAAAAAAUCCCACGAUAGAUGAGUACAAAGAGUCAAAAUAGAAACUUUGUGGGAAUAUGAGCUCGUCAUAAUGAGGAGCUGCGGUUUAAAAUCAAGUUUUAUUUUUCUGAUGCACAUCAUGGAGAAGCUCUUCUAUAAUGGACUUUGUUCAGCUUUGACUUGAUGAGGACACGUCUGGUAGAGGAAAUCGGAGCACAGUUUAGAAUACGAUGCUUUUUUAUGUUUUUUUUUUUCAUUGUUGCUUUAAAUGUUUUUGUUAGAAAGUAAUAAAGUUUUUUUUUUACAUAUAUAGAAUUACAGUAGAUUUAAGGGUGGUAUAUUGUGUGAAAAUGGCAUUUAAAUUCAAAACAGAAGUUUUUUUAUUGAUUUAUUUAUUCUUCUUCAUCUGUCAGAAACAAUCUGCAGUUUAACCCUUUUGUCACUGAUUGUCUCACUCCUGAAAUAGACAUGUGCCGUUUACAAUUGGCCCUUUUCUUGCCAUGUGCCUCGUUGUGUGAAAAAAUCCAAUGAUUUAUGAUUUAUUUACCAAUUAUUCCUGGAUUGUUAUAGAAAGUCAUCCUUUUUGGCCAUUGAAGACAGAACUGUAAGUUUAAAUUCAUGAAAUAAAGUCAAAUUAUCACUGGA